AUGCCUGUGCAUGAUUUGGAAAAUCCAGUAAAUAAUGAAGAUGAGUCAGACAAAAACAAUGAGUCACAAGAAAAAGCUUCAGAAAAUUUAAGCAAAGUUAAUUUACAGGUAUCUCAAAUAUCUAUUGCCAAUCCGCAAAUUAAUUUAGAAUCUGACAAUAGACAAGCAUUUGAACAGCAAUUAGAGGCGCACAAAAAAGAAGAAGAAGAAGAAAAUAUCACGGGUGCAUUUAAUGUUGGAGACAAGGUAAAUUGCACAAAUAUAAAAGAAUUUCAUAUUAUUAUAAAAAAAGAAAGCUCUACAGGACGACAAAGCCAAAAUUUAUGUUAA